AUGAAGGCAGCAGAGAUCAGAUUGUCUCUACACAGACCUCUACAGCACAGAGAUCCACACAUGGCUCCUACAAUCACUGCAGCAAUGACCAACUCUCAGGAGCAUCCAACUCGGAGCCACAAGCUCAGAAAGCCUCUGGUGGAGAAGUUACGCAGAGAGCGAAUCAACAGCAGCAUCGAGCAGCUCAAGUCUCUCCUGGGUCCAGAGUUCCUCAACCAGCAGCCAGACUCCAAGCUGGAGAAAGCAGACAUCCUGGAGAUGACAGUUUACUUCCUCAGACGACUGCAGCAGCAGCAGCAGAAUCCAGCUGUGGGCUCAGCAGCCGUCAAACGGGGCUACUCCAGAUGUGUCCAGGAGGUGGCGCACUUCCUGUCCAGGGAGGAGGUGAAUGCACAGCAGCAGAGAAGACUGAUGAAGCACGUCAACAAGCUGCAGUCUUCCUCUGAGGAGAAGCUGAGAGAGGCUGACUUCUCUCCUCUGAGCUCCACAGUCCACAGCAGCAUCUCCAAAGACAAGAGUCCAGUCAGCAGCGCCCCCUGGCGGCCGUGGUAG